AUGAUUGAGCAGGGUUCCUCCCAACCGACCGACGGGUCAGGACCUCCCGCCAAUCGAACCUCUUCAUCUCUCCACGCCGACUCGUCCGCAUGCAGCGACAAUGACGCCUCCAACGUCUGCCCGGAUCCCGGACAAAGGCGCUUCGCGUCGUCCAUUCAACAACCAUCAUGCCUCCCGAUCCUGGUCCAUGGUGCGGCUCGCCCGCUAGCUUCGUCCCAACCUCCUCCGUCGCUGCAUAUCCGCACCGAUUUCUCCGCCGACCCCGCUGACUCCGCCAUGGCCGGGGAAUCCGCUGAUUCCUGUGUUCAUCAUAGCCUGUCUACCGCUAGCAUCCCGAGACGCACUCCCAGUGUUCGUGCUGGCGCUUUGUCUCCUGCGUCCGCUUUCCCAUCGCCUCAGCUGGCGGCCAUGGGCGACAUAACGCCCUUGCCGUCUCCCAUCGUUGGUCCGACCCUGUCUUGGAAGCUGGAUCCGCGCGAGUCCCUGUCACGAUCGAGAACACCUUCUGCGGCUUCCAACCUGAGCUGGAAAGCCAGCGAGUCCUCUCAACCGCCAGCAUCGAUCAACAGGUCACGCUCCAAGCAAUAUCCAGGGUUGAGCGCGCUGGAAGAGGGAGCUCCUAAACCGGUGAGGAAACACGGUCUCGUCUCUUCGUCUUCUCCGAUACAGCACACCAGGAACCGGAGUCUGAGCGACUAUGUCCCCCCUCCGCAGGGUGUUUACCUCCUGCCUCGUCCCGUUGCCGUCUCGGGAACAAGCCAUGCGCCUCCAAGUACUGACUCCAAGUCCAACAUCCUGCAUCGUGAGAACUACCUAGCCGUGGAUCGAGGCAUUGUACUGCCUACGGUUCGCCCGCCGACCCCGCCGCGCAGUUCCGGUGGUGAGCACACUGGUCCCAACGAUCAGCCGGUCCUGGCGAAUAUUUCGUACGAAGAUGUCCCUCAUGAGAUAUAUUUCGUCCGAUCUAUUCGGACACAACAGCUUCGGAAAUACCGCAAGCUCCGGGAACUGGGCCAUGGGACGUUCAGCCAAGUAAGUCUGGCGGUGCGCGUGGAGACGGGCAACGGUGAUGGGAUCCGUCGUUACUCCAGUUUGCACGGCGCAACAUCUGCGUCCCAGAAGCUGGUUGCGGUCAAGAUCGUUGAGUAUGGUCCGGCUGGUGGAGCCGACGAGGACCGCGUUGAGGUUUCACUCAAACGGGAAGUGGAUAUCCUGAAGUCGAUCAACCAUCCGUCUCUGGUGCAGCUGAAAGCGUUUGGUAGCGAUGAGAAACGUGCAUUGCUUGUUCUUGACUACUGUCCCGGAGGUGACUUGUUCGACUUCGUUUCCUCUCCCAUGAACAGCCUGGCCCCCAAGCUUAUCCGGCGUAUUUUUGCGGAACUGGUCGACGCCGUGCGUUAUCUACACCGGAAUUUCAUCGUGCAUCGGGACAUCAAGCUAGAAAAUGUCCUGGUGAACAUGCCCGCUUCGACAAUGGAAUCUAUUACCGAUUGGGAAACCUAUGAUCGGGCCGUGGUGACCCUGACUGACUUGGGCCUCUCGCGACGUAUUCCGGAGCCCCCAGAAAGCCCCCUUCUUCACACGCGAUGCGGAAGCGAGGACUACGCGGCACCGGAGAUUCUCAUAGGACAGCCCUACGACGGGCGGUCGACCGACGCUUGGGCACUGGGCGUGCUUCUCUACGCCAUGAUGGAAGGUCGACUGCCAUUCGACGCCCUGCCUGGCACUCGAGGCGACCCGGCCAAGCUUCGUGCACGAACACCACACCGCAUUGCGCGAUGCGAAUGGUCGUGGUACCGGUAUGCUGACAGUGAUGGGGAGUGGGACCCCGUGAAAGGCAGGGACCUCGAGGGCGCACGCGAGUGCGUGGAGGCGCUUCUGAAGAGGAAUACGAGGCGAAAGACCCUGGACGAGAUUUCCACCUUUACCUGGAUUAGGGAUGCGAUUAAUGCGCCCGAUGGAUUAAAGAGAGGGGAUAAAGAGGUGCCGUAG